GUUGUUGUGUAACGUUGCUGUUGUUUGUUACAUCGACACUGACACUAACUCCUCCCCUGUCAGCGCAUUAUGAGCGUUAACGUUCACUGCCACCGUGGCACGGUUGGCCACUCGCUCCAACCUAACGACAACAAGUUCACAGGCCGAAGGUGUGACCAUGGGGAAGUCUUUCUCCCACCUUACUAAGCAGACUGGCCAUGAUGAGGGCCACGACAACCUGACCUCUCCUCUGGAGGACACCCAGACUGAGGACGGGAAGGGCGGAGACAUCUCCCAGUUUCCUUAUGUGGAGUUCACAGGGCGGGACAGUGUGACAUGUCCAACAUGUCAGGGCACCGGGAGGAUCCCCAGAGGACAAGAAAAUCAACUUGUGGCAUUGAUUCCAUACAGUGACCAAAGGCUGCGGCCCAGGAGGACGAAGUUGUAUGUAUCAGUGUCAGUGGCGGUCUGCCUGUUACUGUCCAGCCUGGCCGUCUUCUUCCUCUUCCCUCGCUCCAUUGAUGUGUCCUACGUCGGGGUGAAGUCUGUGUUCGUCAGCUACGACCAAGACAAGCGCAGUGUCUAUCUCAACAUCACGAACACUCUCAAUAUCACCAACAACAACUACUACUCAGUGGAGGUGGCCAACAUCACAGCUCAGGUGCAGUUUGCCAAGACAGUGAUCGGCAAAUCUCGCAUCAGUAACACCACUGCCAUCAGUCCUCUGGACAUGAAACAGAUUGACUAUAUGGUCCCCACCACCAUCGCAGAUGAGAUGAACUACAUGUACGACUACUGCACUCUACAAACCAUCAAGGUCCACAACAUUGUCGUCAUGAUGCAAGUGACCGUCACCACCACGUACUUUGGUCACGCGGAGCAGGUGUCUCAGGAGAUGUAUCAGUAUGUUGACUGUGGAGGGAACACCACCUCUGUCAGAGCGAUGACCAAGGCGUUCAGCAUCUCGCAUCCUGCUGAGUAACACCCCUGGCCCUCCUCACCAGCCUUGACUCGGGCCCUGGAAGUUGGCCUUAGAUGGUUUACUGAGUUUUCCUUUCUCCUCCACCUGCAGUGUCUAACAAACUCCUGUUGUUACGAUACCACAGUGUUCACUUCAAUAGCAGUGCUAGAAGAAAUCCACACCAAUAUAAGAAAAAGAUUUAGUUUCUUACGGAAGUGACUUGCAUUAUGCAAAGAAAAACAGAAAUGGAGUUAUCUCAGAAUUAUGACUUUUCAUGUCAUACAUUUAAAGUGCUAGACAUAAUCUCAUAAUACGAUAUCCUUAUCUCAUAGUUACAGGAAAACUGUUUAAUCCAAGAUACCAAUCACAUAAUUAGGAAAUAGUUUCCUGGUAACAUUGAUAUAAUGACAUAAGCUUUGUUGUGUUUUCCUAAGUACGUGAUCCACCCAUGAAUUUCUCUAUUAUGUUUUUAUUUCAGCAUUAGUAUUUAGUAUUCCAAAAAAUAUAGAAAUAUAAUACUUAGAGAAAUAAUAAGUAGUAUUAGGUGCACUACUUAUCAUUUUUUCCUCUGCUAUUUGCUGCCUCUUUGUCAUGACAAAGUGGAGAAAUUCCAAGAUGACACUAAUGUUUAGACCACAAAGUACAAACCCUGCGUUUCUGAGAUAAAGACACUUUUAGGUGCUUAUAAAGAGAAAGUCCUAAUAAUGAAUGAUAAUGAGAAUACUUGAUAUCUUAAGAUAACCUUGGAGUUGAAUGUUGCCUCUGAAUAAUAGGCUUAAAAAAAAUUAUUAGCAACAAUUAAGUUAUGUUCCAGAGAUAACAACUGCUCUCAAAGAAUCAGAAUCAGUGAUAGGAUUUAGUAUGGGAUUUGAUUCUUUCCAAUAGUAUUGAAGUGACAUCAUCAUUUCAGUUAUUGUGGCAACACUGUGAAUAAUAGACUACACUCAUGUGUUUUAAACCAUGAUCUAUGAUGUAUGGUUUGCCAGUUGUGCCCCUAAGCAAAAAAAAAAAAAACUUGAUAGAGAUAAUUCACUACCUACCAAACCAUAAUGCACUUUAUUUAAAAUGCACACUUUAUUAGUGGUCCCAAGGUCUCUACAGCCUGUUCCCCCACAGUGUGUUGGGCUUUCUGAAAAAGGAUCAAGGUGGUGUUUAGAGAAUUCAGAUGCUGCUGUAUCUGAGAUAAGCUCAUGUCGUCAUAGUGUUUCUCUCUGACUGCACUGUCUGCUAUGAAUCUGUACAAUCUACUGUCUUACCUACUGUAGUAUUUGGUUGUUGGGUGCUCACUCUUAUAGUUUAUACACUGUUGUUUCUUCUUUGUCUCCAACUUUGCUAGAAAGUGAAGAUAGAAGUGAAAACUCCUUUUAAUCUAUAAUUUGCUAUUUAAAGAAUUAAAGGGCAUAUAUAUAGGAAAUUCUCUUGCCACUGGAUGUUGCACUACAGCACCAGCAUCUCAGACCGAAACAAUGAGACGGAAACAAAGCAGAACUCUAAAACUAAAACUGUCUUUGGUCUUUCCAACAAUCACCAACGCUGGUUUGGUUGAAAUCAACCCUUAUUUAACCACUAUUCAUCAAAAAGGGUUGCUGUGGCUGCAACGUAAGCUAAUGUUAAUCCUUGGGGACAAAUGGGCCCGUCAGAAUUUCAUUUCAGUGGAAUCUCCACGAGCAUUAGAUUUGCUAAUGGGGGCAAAGUAAGUCUUUCAACAUUGACAUAUUUUUGCACCGCUAAACAAUGGCAAACAGUACUCAUCUUGAAUGAAUGAAAGUGAAUUGAUAGCUGGGGAGUUACUUGUUGCACCCUAUACCUUUAGAUAACCCUAAUGAAGUAAACCAAUAAAGAGGCAUUGGACAGGUAUGAACAUAUAGGAACCAAGCUAGCUCUUCUCAUCUUUAUCUCCGUAAAAUGGUAAACAAGCCUAUUUGCCCGUAAGUGUUGGACUGACGUAGGGCUGCAACUAACAGUGAUUUAGAUUAUUGAUUCAUCGGUCUGUCCAUAAUCCAAACAUGACAAAUUCCAACCAGUAGUAGACUUUUUUCCAACUUUCUAACAUUUCUUGAAUGCAUCAUUAGAUCACUUUCCCUAUCCUGCUGAUAAGUGUUUUAUUUAAGUAUUUUGGGGCAUCCUGUGAUUUAAUGGCCAUUACAGCUUUACAUGUUGAAUUGCGUAUUAUGCAUACUAACUGCUACCUGUGUUCAGGCCUGUCACAAUAAUUGCAUUACCGACUUAUGGUUCCAUAUAUGGACACACACUCACACUCACACUGAUGUUUUCUUUCACUCUUGCACUACAGGUGUGUGUGGUCAAGUUCCAAUAUGAGCCUAUACAGUACAUUAUUAUACUAUUAUAUGAUCAUUAUAUAUGGUUCAGCAGAAGUAGUUAUGGUGACAGGUUUGUGUUGGUUUCCUCCUAGAAAUGACGAUGAUGAAUCAGUUUUCUACCUUAUAUAAAUGAAAAUACCAAUGGAAAUAUUUUCUGCAACAUUCCAUCUAAUUUAUUUUGUUGAUUUAAAAAGUCGUAUAUUUUUUCAUCUUUGACCGAAUGUCGUCGAGUUGUGUAUCAGACCUAUUUUGAAUUUCAAUUACAUUUGGCAUAUCUAAAAUUGUGUAUGAUUUAUAUCAACAUCCUGUAAAUACUUAGAAACGAUCUUAAUAAUAUCUUCAUACAAACUUUGAUAAACUACAGCUGUAACAUUUGUACCGAGUGGGAUUUGAAGAAAAGCACAUUUAUGACUUGUUCUUUUAAUUUUAACCUUAGUAACAUUUAACAUUUGAAAAGCUGUUUUAGACGCCUCUAAUUUAGACUACCUCUAUUGUCAUUAAACAUUUUGUUUGUCAUUAUUCAUAGUGACUGUUGUGAGAGCAUGAAUAAAGUUUUAAAACAUGA